CCAUAACACAUCGUCACGUGCAACGACGCCCACACUACGAGGCUGACAAGGCUGAGCGGCAGUUAGGCAGCAGGGGUUGAAAAUGCGGCGUAUUCGAGUUAACGAACCAAUCACAAGGCCAGGCAGACACCAACGACAACUCCAGGCAGAUGCAUUUGGGACAUCCCUUGGACGUCGUCACCUUGGAGAUGUGAGGGCUGCGCGGUUAGAUAGACAGAUUAACGACGACCUAUAUCACCACAGCGUCGCCAAAGACAGUAACGUCAGCUGCAAACAUCGAUAUAUCAUAUACAAAGAGCACCUACAACGAUUUCAACGAUAUGGGCACGACUUUAUAGAGCACGAACCCCUUCGAAUCCACCACCUCGUAUCUCUCACAAACCAUACCCCGCAAUCUACGAUGUCUCUCUUACCAUUUACGCUGCCUUUGCAGCGGCGCCUCACAAAGAUGUACACGGACACCAAAUCAUCGCUUGCAUUCGUUGCCGACCCCGCGCGCGCCGAGGACGCCGAAUUGAGCAACCUACACCGCAAGCUGCGCAUCCAAAAAGACCGUCUCACAACAUGGGGUCUACGGUGGAGCGAAGCGAGCCGUACGGAUUCCUCCGUUGGACCUGAAGAUGCGGACAUUGAUGAGGCACUCGCAUCGGCGGGCCUGGCUGACGUCGCAGGGAGCGUGAUGGCUACGAUCAAUGCAGUGUUGGCGGAGGCUGAGCCACUAUGGGCGGCGUCUGGGCGGGCGGAGAAGGCGCCGAUGGAGAAAGGCGGCGUAGUGUGGGAUAAAGGGCGCUUUGAGGACCUGGUGCGCGACCUGACGAGCUCGAUUGAUACGCUUUAUGAUAUCUCGCGGGCGCGGCAGAGUGAAUCGCCGAAAAAGGGCAGUAAGAUCGAGAUGGUGGUUGAGGAGGAGAGGGCCUUCGAGAAGACACGGAUGGAUGCACCGAGGGUGAUUGAUCCGAGGGAGUUGAAGGGAUGGGUGGGCGCAGGCGUUGCGCUGCAGUCUGAUGGUAAUAGUUUACCGAAGGUACUGGACAUGGGCAAGAGAACCAUUCUCUACAUGACGAAGCAGGCCCCAAUGAGGCCCUGGGCGGCGGAAUCCGAGGAAGUGUGCUUUCCGGUAAUGCUCGAGUUUGCCUCAUACGACCCUAUCUACUCGAUAACCGGCAUCUCACCAUCGAUGACCCGCUUCGAGAAGCUCUUCGCCGGCCUGCAAAGACGGAACGAGGAGGCCGGACGACCGGAGUUCGGCGUCCUGAACCUAAUCGGGUACUUCGAAGAAGAAAACUCGCGCUUCGGUCUCGUGUACGAGCUGCCUGCGCGUUUCCCCACUACGACUCUGUCCAACUCCGUCGUGUCUCGCCCUUUCUACACCCGACUCGCAGACAUGCUGCAGAUGCGUGCGCAGGAGCCCCCGCUCGAGGUCCGUUACCGCUUAGCAUACAACCUAGCGACGAGUGUCUUCGACCUGCACUCCAAGGGCAUUGUGCAUGGCAACCUCGCGGCGUGCAAUAUCGCCUUCUUCGAGCAGAUAAAACCACGCCCGGACGGCGAAUGGGUCCACCCUGCCGUGAACGUGCGCCGGCCAUAUCUUACUGCAUAUGACCUCUUCCCAGAGCCGGGGCGGCCAUCCGACGCGGCCAAUGCCGCCGAAGUUGCCUGGUACCGCCAUGAGCUGGACCCGCGACUGACACCGCACACACCGCUGACGCCGGAGUCGCGGUCGUUAGACUUAUACAGUCUCGCCAUGCUGUUGGUGGAAAUCGGGCUUUGGACCGUGUCGCGCGAUAUCCGCCACGGCGUUGCUGGGAUUGGUAUUGCACUGGAUAUCAAGGUUGAGACUGAAGAGGUGAACAAGCAGCUUGCGGCGCGCUGUGGCAUGGCGUACCUGCGUGCAGUACAAGCGUGUUGGGGCGCUGUUGACGAUGAGAUAAGUGCGGUUACUCGCUCAGAUGUGGUUUUGCAGAAAGUUUAUGGGAGAGUGUUGAGUUCGUUUGAGAAGUGUUGUGCUAUUGAAGACGAGGAAGAUGAGGACAUUGGAGACGAGUUAAUAACCGGCUCAUUGCCGUCAGUUAGUGCCACAGCUGAGAUAUCCAAGUCCGAAAAAUGGUCGUCUCCAUCCUCUUCCAGCGUCUCAUUACCGAGACACCCCCUUGGACGGGAGAAGCCACUACCACCACCGCCGCCGCCGCCGAGGCGCCCAAGCAAAGAAGAGCACAUGAAAGCGGAGGAUAUUGAGAUAAAUCAAAUGAUACAGAGUCUUCAUAUUAAGCCUAAGCCUAUUUCCGAGAAGUCUGCGAUCGUACAAAUCGAAGACCCCACCACCAGUCCUAAGCCACAGUCGAGGAGAUUCCCGAGCAACGAGAUUAUCCAGGAACAUCUCGACCGCUGGCACAACACAUUGAUGCCGCAGAUUAACCACGCUCUCCGAGGAUUCUAUCGGAAGUACCCCGAGUCCGUCGAGAUUAGUCUCGAGAGCAUUGGCGAGACGCCGCUGAAAGCCAAGCCAACUAUGCUCGUCGUCUGCACCAGUGUUGCAAAGGUAAAGAGCAUCCUUAAGCGCCACUUCUCCUAUGACUCCGCGACCUACGGGUUGAUGGUGUGCCGUGGCAAGGUCAUGCGGUCACGCAAGCGUGCGCCAAAACGAUCCAUGGCACGCGACGAAGAUUACGUCGAGCCCAAGAACUCGCAUCACCAAGAGCGCCCAGUGAAUGGAGCAUCGAUUGGCGCUUUCUCCGAGGGACAGGCUCUAAUGCCUGUCUCCUUUGGUGGUUUAGUUAUGGUCGACGGCGAGCCUUUUGGCCUGUCCGUGCACCACAUGCUCGAUAUCCCAAGCGACUCCGACGACGAAGAUGACGACUACUCCAUCCCCACCAUCCAAUCUUCCGACAUUGAACCUGGACCCGCCCCACUUACCACCGAGGCUCUCGAAGCCCUAGGCUACGAGCUUUCAGACUGCGAUUCCGAGACUUCCUCCAUCGCCUCUAGCAUAUUAAGCGACGCAUCCUCGUUCCUCGAGCCAGGAGACAUCGGUGGCAUUGCACCCGACUGCGCAGGUGGUUACCUGGUCACCCAGCCCGCCCUCGACGACGUCGACCCCCGCAUCUUCCCCUCUGCCGAAACAAUGACACAAGACUACCUUGACUCCUUCACCCUCGGUUCGCUGCAUGCAUCAUCCGGCUUGCGCCGCCGCGCUUGCAGUCUUGGCCUCACACACGAGAUCGACUGGGCUCUUUUUCGCUUCUCCCCCGGCCGAGCACCGGGGGAGAACAAGAUAACGGGCGCGCCGGCGGGGUGGCCCGGUGCGUUAAUCCCCACUGCGCAUCUGGGUGGGCUGCCGGUGCGCGCAGUGGCGCGAACGUCGGGCGUGACGCAGGGGCGGAUUCAGCGCGCUGUGACGACUGUGAAGUUGCGGGGAAGGCAGACGCCGAGCCAGAGUUUCACGGUUGAGGGCGGGUUAGGGGUACCAGGAGAUAGCGGGGCAUGGGUCCUUGCUGAGGGAGGCGCAUGUGGGCAUGUGCUUGCGUGGAGUGAUAAGCGGAAGGUGGGGUAUUUUUGCCCGAUGGAAGUCAUGUUUGAGGAUAUCAGGGGGACGUUGGGGGCGAGAGUUGUGGAAUUCCCGGGGGCGAGUGGAUUGGAGGCGAGGGAUGAGGAGGAUGAUGAGACUAUGGUUGAAGUUGAGGAGGUGCAGGUGCCAGAUGACAAGAAGAAGAUGGAUGAGGUGGGGUUGUCGGUAUACUCCCUCUUGAAGGGAGGCCAAGUGAAGAGUGAGGUCGAGGGGGUGGACUUGGUGACAGGAAUGGAGGGGAUGUGCGUCAGAGCGUGAAUUUCCCCCGACAUUUCUUGUAUUUGAUAUGUUGUUUUUUGCUGCCCUUAAGGAAGGAGGGCGGAGGAGAGUGAGAUUGAGAUACCCACUUUGUAAGAAUUUAUGAUUAUUUUGCUUGGGUUAGGGUAAUAAUAUGUUUGCUUUGCAACUUGCUGAUAAGGUUGGGAGGGGCGCUGGAAAGUUAGAAGGCGCGUGGGUGGUACUCAGUGUGCAGCGAAUCGUGACUCGGCAUGAUUCGCCCCGAAUCAGACUCGAUUCAUGAUCUGAUUCGGGCUAUUUCUUAAUGAUUCGAAUCAUGAUUCGGCCAGUAUUCGAAUGAUUCGAAUACUUGCCAAGAUAUAUAAUAUGUCCAAGCGUCUAGCGGUGAAGGCUUGUCGUCGUCCUCAAUAUAUAGCUUUUUAGAUUAAAAGCGUAUCUCAGAAAAGGUGCAAGCAGAUGGG